AUUAGGAUUACGGACGGACGGAUUGCUCAUUUAAAUUACGCGCAUAUCCAGAGUGCACGAUGAAAUAACUAUACAGAGAGCGCUUUUCAAAACCUAUAUUCAAGUGUAGUAGAUAAGAAUCGACGCAUACAGGCGCACUCAAUCUCAGUGUAGAUUAGUUCGUCUGGUUGGACGGUAUAUUUUUUUAUCUGGAAAAUGCGCGAGCAUCUCAGUUCAAGCUGACUUUGUUUAGUUCGUCGAGCGGGAAGCUGCUGGCCGGUUGAAGAUCGAUAGCUAUGACUGAUUAGUUAUAUUUAAAAAAAAAGGGUGACUUAGUUCGCGAGUGUUUAAAAAAAAAUCGCAAUGGAAUCGGCGGGAAUUAUUUCAGGGUGGUUUCCCGAGUAUUUAGUUAGUUUUGUGGAUGAACUGGAUGAGCAUCCGUGGCUGUUCGCUUCCCUGGCGUCAAUUCUAGUGGGUCUGAGUGGGAUUUUGCCUCUUUUCAUCAUCCCGAUCGACGAGACAGCAUCUUUCAAGGAUGGAUCUGGCGCAGCUACACUGCGGAUACUGCUGAGCUUCGCAGUGGGCGGGCUGCUGGGGGAUGUGUUCCUACAUCUGCUGCCGGAGGCGUGGCAGCACGACUUUGCUUCUACGAAGGAAGGCGAACACGUGUCAAUGAAAUGCGGCCUCUGGUGUCUCUUCGGCAUGCUAGUUUUCAUCGUGGUGGAAAAACUCUUCGCGGCCUCCGAGCAAGACGAGGAGGAACCUAUGCAGAACGGCGCCAUCAAACAGAUCGAGAUAGAGGAGAUAGACAAACUGCUGACAGCGGAGAAGAGGAAACGGGGGACGUCUGAGGGGGAGGGGAUUUGUGGGGGGAACGGGAUCGUUACGGCUAAACAGCUGUAUGAUUCCUGUGUGUUUAAUAAUAAUACUAAAGGAGAAGGCGGGUGCUGCAGUAGCGGCUCAAUAGCCAACGGCUCGCCACAGCGGUGCGGGAAAGGCAACCGGUGGAUGGGGCGGUGUCUGCUGCGAGAAGCAAGGGAGAAAGCACUAGCAGCUGCCAAGGAGAAACCUGAGAGAAAAGAUGUGGCAGGCUACCUGAACCUGAUGGCCAACUCCAUCGACAACUUCACGCACGGGCUGGCGGUCGGCGGCUCCUUCCUCGUCGGCUUCCGCGUCGGCCUGCUCACUACCUUCGCUAUCCUAGUACACGAGAUACCGCACGAGGUGGGUGACUUCGCCAUCCUGCUGAAGAGUGGGUUCUCGCGCUGGGAGGCGGCUAAGGCUCAAUUGGCGACGGCAUCAGCGGGCCUGAUCGGAGCCCUGACAGCCGUCAUAUUCAGCGGAGCCAGGAAUGCCAUUGAGGCCAAAACUUCCUGGAUAGUCCCAUUCACAGCCGGCGGGUUCCUCCACAUCGCGCUGGUGACCGUACUUCCGGACCUGCUGCGGGAAGAAGACAAGUGGGAAUCGCUCAAGCACCUCGCUGCACUCGUUGCCGGCAUCUUGGUCAUGGCCGUCAUGACGCAUUACUUUGGAUAG